AGGAUAGGCUGAUAUGCAUCGUGAUAGGGGGUUAGUAGCUUUGUUCCGGGUAGUUGGAUAAUUCAUACAUCUAGUUUUUGUAAGUCGUGAGCUAGUUCAAAACCAUAGGCUCUGGGUUACCCGGGCAAUCUCACAUCCGUCUAGACAGGUCUAUUUUCUUUUUUGUGAAAAGAUGAUCCUUUGCAAGCCAAGAAAGUCGGAGUAAUCAAUGGAUAGCAUCGGCAUGAUUUAGGAUCAGGCCUUCAAACAGGAAUUCGGAAUCAGCCAAUCCGAAUAAGCAAAACACCAUAGUUCAUUGGUUCAAUCUCAAUAGUUUUGAUUGAGCUCCACGAGUUAUCUAUUUUGACAAGAUACCGGUUCAGAUUCAAGCAGACCUUAUGUGCCAUGUCUGAGACUGCCUAUGUUCGUUUUCUCCAGUGGAGCUCCCUGUAUGAGAAGGAACGUCCCUUUCAAAUAUUCACGGAGCUUCUACCUGAGUCCAACGAUCAAAGAAAGACGAAUCUCGUCUGGGAUGAGAGACAGAUCGAGGUCAAAAAUUUCAGGGCCAACGCCGAGCGAUACCAGCUUGACACUCAUGGCUUUUCUACACGUCAUCUUCCAGGAUUCCGCGACCUCAUGGACAAGGAAACCAUCAUAGAGAAGUACUUGCCUGCAGUUCAGGAAAUGCUUCAGUCCCAACUUCAAGAUGUUGGCACUGUAUUUGUUUACGAUUGGCGAAUUCGAAACAGUCGUCCUGAGACAACUGACGAGAUCAUCAACUUCAGUGAUCAGACUCAGCCGCUACUUCCGAGUAACUAUGCGCAUAUUGAUGCAGGUCCUGUUUCAAUCUUUCAGCGUAUUCAAAAUAGCUUUCCAGCCAAUACAGACAAGAUCAUACGCCAACGUAUCAGAGCUGUCAAUGUGUGGAAACCACUCUGCAAUCCCGUUGAAGAAUGGGCAUUAGCAGUUUGUGACGGAACCACUGUCAAGCCUGAUGAUCUGGUAGAGACAGACUCGGUCCGACAAGGGAGUGUCAGCACAAACUACUAUGCUAAAUAUGCGCCAGAUCAGCAAUGGUACUACUUGAAACAUCAAUCGCCAGAUGAGGCGUUAAUUUUCAAGCAUUUUGACUCUGAACCCGGUGUCCGGGCACCAUAUGCUUUGCAUGCUAGUAUCCGACAGGACGUGCCGAUAGGCGUAAAGCCAAGGCAGAGUAUCGAAGUCCGUACACUACUAUUUUCUGAAAAGUUCGAGUCUGAGGGGGAGAUCUGCGUGUAGAUCCAAAAAGGGAAGAUGCGUGUCGCUGGCCGUACAUAGGCGUUAGCUUGGGACGCCUUCUGUAUCCAAAAAGAUUAACGUCUUAGAUAGCAAGUGAAACUAGGCACCCGGAUCGGGCCGUUAUCCGAUCAUGAUUAAGAGCCCCAUCAGAGAAGCUUUAAUCGAAUGGAGAGACGUG